CUUAUUGUUAUUAAGUAGAAAGAACUGCUACCCGCUUGCAUGUGUCUAUGCCUACACAUUAGGUGUGGAAAAACCGUACUGCCCCAUGCUGAAGAUGCUCCCGCACGCCUUCCCAUUGGCCUGUGUGCUGGCAUAUACUUGUGCCAACAGGUUAGCAUUCACUUACCCUAUUUUACUGGGGAAAUGAGUCAUCCCUGGUCAAGUGGCCCCUGCCUCCGGAUAUAGAGGGCGACAAAAUGACGUCCCCACCCCUCUGAAAUGUAAAAAACCAACCCCUUGUAUAUGCUCAUGGCGUCUCCUCAUUGGCCCUCAAGUUGGUUUAGGGACCACACGUCCAAGGAGCGUUCUUUUCCCCUUAUUUUUUAUUCUUCUUGUAGCAUUAGGUAGUAAUAACAAUGGGACUAAUGCUCAUGUUAGUUCUGUGAAUUUGUUUGAACAGAUAGCAGUCACAUUCACUCUUUCUCUUUCCUUUGGCUACAAAAGUUUAAGCUAAACAAAACCCUGCAAUUAAUAUUUUUUCUCAGGAGAGAAGAAGAAAAAUGUUGUUCCAAGAGAUUGUAAAUUACUGUGCAAAUGUUGAAUUUUUUGAAAGUACACUUUCCUUGGAGUGCUUUUCUUUUUUGACAAGUUGAAGGAUAAUAUAUUAGGGAAUGGUCCAAGUUGGAUAUGUAUCAUUCGGGCAAGAGAUUGUUGCCUGGUCAUGUGGCCCCUGCACCAGCAUGGGGGCCAAUGAGAGCACGUGUAGUGGCAUCAACAUUGAUGGAAUUUUUUAUUUCACUGAUGGCGGGACUGUAAUUUCAUAGCUUCCUAUGUCUGGGUGUAGGAGCCACAUGACGAGGGUUUUUGAGGCCAUAUAUUUUCUUGAAGAAGAACCAACAAGGGUUGUAAUCUCCAAGACUCUUAAAAGGCCAUAAAUUCUACCUAUACUUUGGCAGAACAUUACAGAAUUAUGGAUGUGGAUGAUAUAUUGACAUCUUCCAUUGAAGCAAAGCUUUGUCCUGAGCCUCCAUUGUCCUCUCGGGCUUGUAUCUUCAGAGUUCCCCAUGUACUCUCUCGACAAAGUGAAGGUGCUUUUGCACCUAAUAUUGUCUCAAUUGGCCCCUUCCACCAUGGUCAUGAAAACCUGAAGAGAAUGGAAGAAUUCAAACUAUGGUAUUUGCAUGGCCUCCUCUCUCGUGCUCCAACUUCACAGACAAGUUUAAAGAUAUUCACCAAAGCCAUUCGGCAGUUGGAGGAACGUGCACGUGAGUGUUAUGCAGAACAUUUGAUGGAAUUUGACACAGAUGAAUUCGUGGAGAUGAUGCUAGUUGAUGGUUGUUUCAUCUUAGAACUUUUCCGCAAGAAAGUAAAUGGCAUAGAAAGACAAAGAGACGAUCCCAUAUCCAAUACACCUUGGAUGGAUAGUUACUUGCGAGUUGACUUGAUGUUGCUUGAGAACCAAAUUCCAUGGUUUGUUCUUGAAUGUCUAUUCAACCUCACAGUGCCUUCCGGAGAAAUGAACCCUUCCUUUGCUGAGCUUGCUCUAGGUUUCUUUGAUACUAUGAUGCCAAUGACAGUUCCUGCCAAAUCGAGCUCUAGAUUUGAAACAAAGCAUUUGCUUGACUUGCUGUGGAAUAGCAUAAUUUCAGCUUCUGCAGAUGUAGAGUUGACAUUGGAGAAUGAAUAUUGGGAAGUAAUUCCUAAAGUGAAAAACCUUGUAGAGGCUGGAGUCAAAUUCAGAAAGGGCAGCCCUGAAGAAAUAUUGAAUAUAAGAUUCGAAGAUGGGGUGAUGGAAAUACCACCAUUGCUAAUUCAAGGGAGCACAGAACUUCUCUUUCGGAAUCUCAUGGCUUAUGAGCAGUGUUGUUUUUUCUUGCCUAACCGAAUCACUUCUUAUGUUGUAUUUUUGGAUUCUCUCAUUAACUCAUCAAAGGAUGUGCAUUUACUUGGGGACCAAGGAAUAUUAGAGAACUGGUUGAGCACUGAAGAAGAUGCUUCCCUUUUCUUUAGCAGGGUAUGGAAAGGUGGUACUCUUCACAAAUUCUAUUAUGUGGGAAUUUGCCAAAAAGUGAAUGCUUAUUAUGGAACAAGUUGGCAUAAGUGGCGAGCAACACUGAAGCGUGAUUACUUCAACAACCCAUGGACCAUAAUUUCCUUCAUUGGUGCUAUUGUAAUGCUAGUUCUUACCUUGUUGCAAGCCUUAUUCUCUAUCCUAAGUUUUUAUUAGUUGUCUUUCAUUUGAAAGGUUAUCCGAUUGUGUAUACUUCUGUUUGCUUGGAGAGAGAAUUAGAUCGAUUUUUUUUUUUUU